GGAAGCCACUACUUUCUCAACAUUUCGGUUUGCUACGCCCCAAACUACGGGAUAAACACACACACAUACACACUAGCUGUUGCUAUCUACACCCUGCCGAGGCUGUCGGGGUUUAUAUGCCGAUAGAAAAAGCUCCCGCUCCACAAGAAGAAACCACCGGAGACUUGGUGUUUAAACGUAUUUCUCCCGCACUCAGAGGAGCUUUCUUCCACCGGGGCAGGAAUCCCACACGUCGAAGAGGUCGUCGCUGGAAAUAACCGACUGGCCGGAGAAGCUAUCGGUGUGUCUGGACCAAGCCGCGCAGAAACCUCUUCUUUUUUUUAAAGGCCGCUUUAUUGUCUGUUUAGUUCGCGGCUGUUUUGACAUCGUGUUACGGUGUUAUAACAAAGACAGUCGAGCAAAGGCCGUGUGUUUCCCUUCUCCCACCCCCACCUUGACCAUGCGAGGAGCUCGGAUCUCCGUGGAAGAAUGUGUCGCUUUCUCCCGGCGUUAGCUCCGCUGCGGCUCCAUGGCCAGUGGUAACAACAUGCUCCUGGCCUCUGCCGUGGUGGUGUGGGAAUGGCUGAACGAACACGGCCGGUGGCGGCCCUACAGCCCCUCCGUCUCCCACCAGAUAGAGGCGGCCAUCCGGAGCAGCGACCCACGCGGAGGGAGCGUGGUCCUCGGCCAGGUGGACAGCCGACUCUCGCCGUACAUCAUAGAUCUCCAGUCCAUGCACCAGUUCAGACAGGACACAGGAACCAUCCGUCCCGUGCGGAGGAGUUUUUAUGACCCAGCCUCGGCCCCGGGUCAGGGCUGGCAGUGGGAGUGGGAAAACGAUGCGGGUACGUGGACACCCUACGACAUGGAGGUGGCCAUUGCCAUCGAGAGUGCCCACAGCCGCCAGCAGCCCUGCCUCGACCUGACACCGCUCGGAUUCUGCUACCUCAUUGAUUUUCAAAACAUGACACAGGUGAACAGACAGAGCCAGAGGUGCCGCAGGAUCCAGAGGCGGGCUGACAUCGCCUACCCUUUGGUGUCUGGUCCUCUGCCCGUGCCCAAAGGUGGAGGUGUCGGAGCAAGUGGAGGGCUAACAGGAGCCUUGCUGGGCGUCGGAGUGUCGGGAGCCAGCAUGGGAAUUGGAAGCUCUGUCUACCCUAAUGGAGGCUUACCGGCUACUGGACUGGGUCAGCCUUGUUCCUGCCAGCAGUGCAUGCUGGUCCUUAGCGUGAAGACCAAUACUGGAGGAGCAGCAGGGAUACAGACUCUAGGUAGACGCUCACUAACCAUGCAGCGGCCCAAGAACUCAGCCCCCAAACCUAUAAGUCCAUCUAAAUCAGCCACUCUGGGACGAGGACAACAGCAGAACUCCAACUCCAACGCCAACUACUAUCAGACGCUGCCGCACGGCCUCGCUAUCUCCAAAAACACUGCCUCUCCAAGGACGAACGCCCAGCUCUUUGCUCAGUCACUGGCCGCCCUCACCACUGGCACGUCCUCUCUGGGUAUCUCCUCGUCAUCCAACAGGCCACCCCCACCAUCCCUCCCACCUCCUCAGCCUCCGUCGUCCAACCCGAACUUGAACCCUCCGUCCAUUCCAGCCAAGCACUCCUCAUCUUCAGCCAACGAAUCAGUGCCAACUGCCACAUUAAUUACCCCUGCCAGCAAUGUGACCACGCCCCCGUCUCCUGUGCCAUCUCCGUCGCCAGUUGUGAUGAAGCCGCAGCGCACGCCGUCGUCCGCAGCAACAGUGUGCCAUGCCCCAUUGCCACAGAGAUCGAGCUUAGCCGGGCUGAGCAGGCCAGCGUUGCAGAGGAUCGCUAUGGCCCAGUCCAGAGCGCUCAUAGCAUCAGGUGUGCCCACUGUCCCAGUGAAGAACCUCAAUGGAUCCAGUCCUGUUCACCCUGCACUGGCGGGGAUCACAGGAAUCCUGAUGAGUGCUGCCGCUCUGCCCGUGUGUCUGACCAGGCCUCCUAAACUCGUGCUGCAUCCUCCACCUGUCAGCAAGAGCGACAUCAAACCGGUGCCAGGCUUCGGCCACUGUUGCAGGAAGACCACAAAGAAACAAGCUCGCAAGGGUAAAACUCCAGAGGAGGUGGUGAAGAAGUACCUGCAGAAAGUAAAAAGUCCACCAGAGGAGGACUGUACCAUCUGUAUGGAGCCACUGGGGGGUCCAUCUGGAUACAAAGGUCCAGGGGUGGGGCCCGUAUCCAGGGCAGAGUCAGUUGGGCGACUGGCACAGUGUGGACACCAGUACCAUUUCCAGUGUCUGGUGGCCAUGUAUAACAAUGGCAACAAGGACGGCAGUCUUCAGUGUCCCACGUGUAAAACCAUCUACGGUGUAAAGACAGGAAACCAACCAGCAGGGAAGAUGGAGUACCACGUCAUCCCCCAUUCUCUGCCGGGGCACCCUGACUGCAAAACCAUACGCAUCAUCUACAACAUACCACCAGGCAUUCAGGGACCAGAGCAUCCGAACCCCGGGAAGCCCUACACUGCCAGAGGCUUUCCCCGACACUGCUACCUCCCAGACAGCGAGAAAGGACGCAAGGUACUGAGACUGCUCCUGGUAGCGUGGGACCGCAGGUUGAUCUUCUCAGUUGGUACUUCAAGCACUACAGGAGAGUCUGACACCGUCAUCUGGAACGAGGUUCACCACAAGACAGAGUUUGGCUCCAACCUGACGGGCCACGGCUUCCCCGACCCUGGACACCUCGACAAUGUCCUGGAAGAGCUCCGAGCUCAGGGCAUCACAGAGGAUGACGGACUGGUGGAAAAGUGAAAGGAUAAACGACCAGCAGAGAAGGAGGAGACAUCAGUGAGAGAGCAGUUAAGGGUGGAAGAGUGAACGAGGAGUGGAAGGAAGAGGAGUGGGCCUAACCCCACAGAAAGACUCUCUCUGCCAGCACUUAGAAGGGGUGCAGGGGGACGUGUGGGGUUAUAGAAGACAUUCAGUUUGUUUUGCAGAGGUAACCACUUUUCAGGAUGAGAUGGAGUCACUGCUGGGUUCACCUGUCAGUGUGAGUCUGUCCAAACUGCACAGGUUUCACAGCAAGCACAUCAACAGAUGUAGGAGUUUGAGGGAGCAGCACCACAGAAAGGAAGAGCAGUGCAAAGGAGGAGGAGGAGGAGAAGUGAUGGCACUCUUGGUUGGUCCGAGCUACUAAACAGCUACGUACUAAAUGUGGAGAAGUGAGAAUGAAUCGGUACUAACAUUUAGGACAAAAACAAGUUUACUUAACUGAGAGAAAGAGUAACAUUUAAAGAUGGUAAAAAGUUAGAGCAGUUCAAUAAAAACUGGGAGUGAAAGGACAAAGAGAAGGAGACGGAGCAGUGGGGGAGGUUGUUGGACGGAAGAAGACAGGAAUAAUGUAGCAGAAAGAAGGAUGGUGCAUGAAUGUAGCGUAGGAUAGGAGCAGAGUAAAACUAACUUGUAUGGUACAGUUCAGGUACUUUAGCUAUCAACACAAAACAAGGAAACCGAGAGUGAUGAGAGACGGACAGACAGAGACAGAGAGACAGAGACAGACUGUGUGCUGGUUCUGUUCAAACCACCUGCCUGUGUGCGGGGGAAGUGUAGUGCUGUUGCUCCCUCUUGUGGUUUUUGUGAUGAACUACACCUCCGUCUGCGCUACUGGAACAAAUCCAACGGUUACUUUGAGUUAUCCACCUGUGUUACUUUUUAUCAUUACUAUAAUCCUCAUUUAACGCCAUUCCAUACUUUACCUCUUACUUUUGAAUCCAUGG